UUGAGCAGUUUCAUUCAUAGCUUAAGGAUAAUAAAGUCUAGCUCAGAAAUAGACCUUAUGAAAUUGUCCGCAAUUACUGCUUCAAGAGCAAUGGCCGAGACGAUGAAAGCGAGCAAUGCCGGCAUUAGUGAGGCCUUCUUACAUGCAUACUUCGAGUUUGAAUGCCGUAAAAAUGGAGCGGAUGCUUUAGCUUAUCCACCUGUUGUUGCUGGAGGGAGAAGAGCGAACAUAUUACAUUAUACUAAGAAUUCGCAGCUGAUUGUAGAUGACGAAUUAGUUCUCGUAGACGCCGGAUGUGACUAUCGCUGUUAUUCUAGCGAUAUAAGUAGAACAUGGCCAAUUAAUGGAAGGUUUAAUAGAGCUCAGCGCCAGCUUUAUGAAGCCAUAUUAGAUGUUCAAGAAACUUGCAUAAAAGCAUGUAAACCCGGUAUAUCACUUAAUGAUUUAUAUGUGAUAAUGCAAAAGCAACUAGAAUCCAAUGUUGUCGGCAAGUUCAUACUACUACAGAUUUGUAACAACUUAUGCCCACAUCAUGUUGGUCAUUAUCUUGGAAUGGACGUGCACGACACGACGUCAAUUUCUACCACUAAGCAACUUGAGGAACACAUGGUAAUAACUGUUGAACCUGGUAUAUAUAUUCCCCACGAUGCCGACUACAUUCACACAGAGUUCCGUGGUAUAGGAAUUCGAAUUGAAGAUAACCUUUUGAUUACCCCAAAUAAUCACGAAGUAAUAACAAGCAUGUGCCCGAAGACAGUAAAUGCCAUUGAAGAGACAAUGUCGAAUCAAAGUUGA